ACAGGUGACCGCAGUUGACUGCAGUAAACAGAAAGUUAUAUUUCGAAAUGGACGUUGAAGACGGGAACAGCAUUGAAAUUUGCUCGGAUCAAUCCGUGAGCGAUGUCGAGGAAGACGCGUCCCAGGUUUCUGACGGCGAAGUCCAUGAAAAUUGGUUCUAUAUGCCGGAUUCGAUACUCCUGAGCAUAUUUCAAUACCUAACUCCGAAAGAGCUGACUACCGCGGGGGAGGUUUGCAGGUCCUGGAAUCGCGUGUCGCAGGAUGACUUCCUCUGGAAGGACCUCUUCUACAGGACCUACAAAAUCGACCCCAACGUCGGCAUCAUGCCUGGAAAGACAUCUUGGUUAGAGGAAUUCAAGCGUCUCACUUACCAUAUGCCAUUGCUCGAAACCGAAGUACGAAAGGAACAUUCGCAUCAGGUGCUGCACGUCAGUUUUUCCCAUAAUGGAAAAAUGUUCGCAACAUGUUCAAAGGAUGGUUACAUACUGGUUUGGGACAGUCGAUAUCCCGUCGGUAUCAAAUAUCAGCACGAUAUGAAGGCUUUUAGUUGGAAGUACACACAGUUCUCGCAGUUUAACUCCUCGGAUACGUUGCUGCUAGUAUCAGGAGUGCACUUUGGAACACCUCACAGUACUUCGGGAGAAAUAGCUGUAUUCAGAGUAGCUCCAGGCUUCGAUCUCCAAUGCAGAGUGGUGAAUAAGCCAUAUGACAUAUUUGGCACAUGGUACAGCGAACGUCAUCUGCUAAGCGGAGAUCUCCUUUGGUUGGCACAUUUAGUCAGCACAAGUGUUCUUUGGCUUAAUAAGGCUAACCAAGAGUCAGCCAGUGAACACGUUCCUAUCAUGAAUCAACUUUAUCGAUUCUAUAACGGGAAUGCUUCCUCGAUCAGAGCUGUGAUGAUUGCCAAUUGUCUAUCCCGAGCUCCGUCUGAAACGGAACCAACGCAAAGUCAACCUUCUACGUCGAACCUGAAGGAAGCAAGAGGAAACCCACCGAGUCAUCGAGAUAUAUCCUCGGCGUCAUCAGCCGGUGAUGCCGAGCGUCAAGAGGAGCCAGAAGUAUUGCAUUAUGCCUCUUCCAGGCUACAAUACAGCGUAUUGGAAGGUGGCUUCCUCAAUUGGAGAAGACUGGGCGAUGGCUUCGAAUACGCCACUUCGAUUCGUUACAACGAAGAGUACCGGCAAGUGGAAAUGGAAAAAGAAACAAAUAUGGAGAGCAACGGUGAGAACGAUAGUCCCCAGUGCGAGGAAGAAAGCGAUUUCAGUGACUCGUCGACGGUAGAGGAGUGCGAUUCCGACGACCUCGCGGAUAAUCCGGAAAAGCUGCUCAUCUUUACGACAGGCUCGAAGACCUACACGCCGCACCAGGUCGGUUUCAAGAGAAUCAAGCCGGUCAAUUUUCCUCGCAGGUUAGACCCAGGUCCGUCUUUACGAGAGCGAUUGGCUCAACGCGAACGAGAACGCGAAAGGCAAAAUAAUGGCUCUCCGAGACCUGAACCAAAUUGGCUGGACUAUGACUCCGUCGCUGACAGAUUCGACAAGGUCGACCACCUGAUCGAUCUCCACGGUCACAUCAUAGGAAUGGGACUGUCUCCGGACCACAGGUACCUCUACGUCAACACGAGGCCCUGGCCCAGGGGGUACGUGAUCUCGAACCCCUUGCAACCUCCACCCAUAGCCCAGGAGAUCGACAUCCACGUGAUCGACCUGGUUACCUUGAAACAAGUGGGCACCAUGUUGAGAGCCCACAAAGCGUACACGCCGAACAACGACUGCUUCUUCAUCUUCCUGGACGUGUGUGAUGAAUUCGUAGCGAGCGGAGCAGAGGACAAACACGGCUACCUCUGGGACCGGCAUUAUGGCAUAUGUCUGGCAAAGUUUCCGCAUUCGGACGUGGUGAAUUCCGUGGCGUUUAACCCGCGGGAUCCGGAGAUGUUGGUGACGACGAGCGACGACUACACCGUGAAGGUGUGGCGCAGUCGAGCUAUGGUGAAGAAUCUCGACCUCGACGAGGACUCCUUCCGUAGAGGCCUGGAAGUCUGCAAGAGGAGGAGAAUAUCUGAAAAAGAAUCCUCUGGGUUGGCUGGAAAGUGUCAGACGAACCUUGCCCAAGGUUUCGCAAGUAACCACAAAUUCCUGACAUUCGGUCUUACCUGCAUGAGACUGUAUCUCAUCCUGUGGUGGUGCGUUACUGUUCGGCAGAGCCUUCUUAUGAGCAUCUUUGCAACCGUGGCAAUGUUCACACUCGUCACUACUGUCUUCGGAACUGCUCUCCCCAAAGUCCUUCGGUUUUUCGUAAAUGCAGCAACCUUAUGAACAGAAACAUUCUUACAUUUGGAUUUCUUCUUGUUCAUGUGCUCAUUGUCGACGGUACCUUGAGUCCAUUGGACUUUCUUACUUGACCUUGGCUUCCUAAGGCGAAGAUGAACCGUUGGCACCUCCUAAAAAACAACAAAAACGAUUUAAAAUUAAAAAUUCAACUGGCACCUAUUUUCACAACUUUGGCUCAUACAUGUUCCAAUAUUCUUAUCACAUAUCGAUAUAUCACUUCUUUUAUGUAAUAGACAUCUGUGCUAAAAAAAGCAUAGCUUAUUAUCGGAUGAGGAGAUUAAGGUAUUCAGUUUAAGUUCAUUAGAUAAGAUAGACAACUAACAAGGGACGUCUCCACUCAAGUGUACAGCGCUUAUUAGAUUUUCCCUUAAUGCCCUACAAUGUCAACUGUCGUGCCAUUUCAGCUAGUCGAAAGAUAUGAAAAAAUCAAGUAGAAAAUAGAAGUGUCUCUGGUAA